GGAAGAUGAUGAUGAUGAUGAUGGUGGUGGUGGUGGUGAUAUAGUAGGUGCUGCAGGGUCGUGCCGCAUUGCCUGGCCCGCCGCGAGCGACGCCGGGGAGACGGUGAUGCUGUCGUCGUCAUUGUGUCACAGAAAGAGAGAGAAAGAGAGGAGAGGCUUUGACAUGGAGGGCUGUUUGUCGACUCCGAGCCCAGGCCGCCCGGAUCAGCAGGUUGGAUGUACCGCCUGAAGCCUGGAGGGACCUGAGUCAUGAUUUACAUGGUGGAAAAAAAAUCACAAUAAAGUUGAAUUCUUUGUGAUGGCAUUGAAAUGUUUCUGUGCGUAAAAGUGGCCCAUAUGUUGACAAUGCACAGGAGCAUCAUAGCAGCAGUGCCAGUUCAGGGUGGAUUACGUCUACAGAGCAGCAGGCCUCCAUCUGAAGUCAGCUUCUGAUCAGGAAACCAUAAAGAGAAUCAUUUGUUGCUGGAGGUGACAAUUUAUUCAGUUGUUUCACUGGAAGCUGGUGCGCUGUGGUCCCCCGUGGAGGGACAGCUGUUGCAAAAGAUGACUCACUUACAGGCUGGCCUCUCUCCAGAGACCCUGGAGAAGGCCAAGGUGGAGCUGAAGGAAAACCCGGAGACUUUACACCAGGACAUCCAGGAGGUCCGGGACAUGAUCAUCACCCGGCCGGACAUCGGUUUCCUCAGGACAGACGACGCGUUUAUCCUCAGAUUCCUCCGGGCGAGGAAAUUUAACCACUUUGAGGCGUUUCGGCUGCUGGCACAGUAUUUUGAGUACAGACAGCAGAACCUGGACAUGUUCAAGAACCUGAAAGCAACAGACCCGGGCAUCAAGCAGGCUCUGAAGGACGGGUUCCCCGGGGUGCUUUCCAAUCUGGACAGAUAUGGCAGGAAAAUACUGGUCCUGUUCGCAGCCAACUGGGACCAGAGCAGAUACACAUUUGUGGACAUACUGAGGGCGAUCCUGCUGUCAUUAGAGUCUAUGAUAGAAGAUCCGGAGCUGCAGGUCAACGGCUUCAUCCUCAUCAUCGACUGGAGUAACUUCACCUUCAAGCAAGCGUCCAAACUGACUCCCAGCAUGCUGCGGCUGGCCAUCGAGGGGCUGCAGGACAGUUUUCCUGCUAGAUUUGGAGGAAUCCACUUUGUGAACCAGCCCUGGUACAUCCAUGCCCUCUACACCGUGAUACGACCCUUCCUCAAAGACAAGACCAGGAAGAGGAUCUUCAUGCACGGCAACAACCUGAACAGCCUCCACCAGCUGAUCCAUCCUGAGAUCUUGCCAUCGGAGCUCGGCGGGAUGAUGCCGCCAUACGAUAUGGGCACGUGGGCGCGAACGCUGCUGGACCACGCCUACGACGAGGAGACCGACUACUGUCCGGAGUCCUACACCCUGUCAGUACAAGACCUGGAGAGGGACCUGGAGAAAAACCUGUCCCCGAAAACCAUGAAGAGGUCUCAGUCUGUGGUGGAACCAGGCGUCCUGAAACGACCAGACAAAGUCAAAAGUGAAGAGGACAACAUGCAGCCGCUUCUGUCGCUAGACUAAUCCAAACAUCCAAUAACAGCUUGAAAGCAUAAUCGAUAUUUACACACACAAACACACUGACUUACCUGCGCACCUACUGUAAGCGACACGCGCAUCCUAAAAAACACCUUUGGCCGGAAAAUGCUGCUGCUGCUGUUGGAUUCCUGUUUCUCUUGAACUCGAGAAAAAAAUCAAAAUGAGCUGAUGGGAAGCAGUUGAACGAGGGACGUUUCCUCGCACAGAAGGGCAUCUUUAGAGCUAGUGAUGGUGUUCUCUAUAUUUAUUUAUUUAGUUAUUUGUCAAGUGCCAAUUCCAAAAAACUGUAAAUUAACAUCUUUGAACAAAUCCGGCCCCAUCGGUGGAGCAGGAAGAGGAGAACAAACACCAAGAGAAAGAGUUGCCACAUAUGUUAAAACAGUGUUUCCUACAGUUGCAUAGUAUAUGGGUGAAAAACUGGACAUCAAACUUUAAAAAAGGGCUUGGGGGCCACAGUUCCUGAGCUGCAGUUUUUUUCUUCUUUGUACAGUAAUUUAAAGGAAAAAACAAGAAGCACGGCUCAGGAUUAACGACAAUAAUGAGCUUGUUCAACCUCCUGGACACAAAACUGGCAGACAGGCAGGCAGGCACUGGGUUUACUGGGAGUUUACUGGGAGGUUAUGGGCGUCUUUCAGGUGAAAAUAAUGUCUGAACUAUCGGUCUUGCUCCAGUUGUCUCUUGGAAAAGCAAACCCCCCUUUACGGUAAGAGCUGUCUCUGUGAACUGUGUGUUUUUUUCCCCUCUUUUUUCUGACCCAUAUGUCACAAAAUACAGUAUUUAUUCUGCCAUUAAGAAAACACAAAGCCGCAGCCUCUUUUUAAACUCGCAUUAUCAUGUUUGGCUUAAGAUGAACAAAAGAUAUAUUUUGAGAAUUCAGUAGAUGUCUAGCCACACAAAUAAACAAGCCUAAAUUCAAUUUUUAUAAAAGCAGAGAAUGGCCAAGCAUAUCACCCUCUCCUUUGACUUUGUGACGUUUGUUAUAUAUUACUUGCAAUAAUUAUUUUACAUCUAAAAUGGACAAGAAUCACCACAGUAUCUGUAUUAAAACAUGUCAGUAUUAUAAGAUUUAGAGACAAGU